GCACAACAAUCACGUUAUUUUUACAACUUUCUUUACUAUUUAACUCAGUUCGUCGUCUCAUUACAGCUUUGUAUAGCUUCAAUUUUUCUACUUUAGGAAUUACAUUACAACUCAUUUCAAAAUGCCAACCUUUGGUCCUGGAGCUGAAUUAGGGAUCAACUAUGAUGGAGCACCUAUGGACCACCCCGUUGAGUCAUUACCCCGCCAGGUUGAGCCAUGGUCACCAAGCUCUUGGACUACAAAACCAAUCAAACAAGACGCGAUAUAUGAGGAUCGAAAGGUUGUAGAGAAGUCUUUAUCAAAACUUCAACAUCUUCCUCCCAUUGUCACCCCUACAGAAAUUAUUCGGCUCAAGGAAAGUCUACGAGAUGUGGCUCUUGGAAAGGCAUUUCUUCUUCAAGGCGGUGACUGUGCUGAACUAUUUGACUACUGUGAGGAGAAUGCAAUUGAAUCAAAGAUUAAGCUCUUACUUCAGAUGAGUUUGGUUCUCGUUUGGGGUGCCAACAAGAAAGUAGUCAGAAUUGCAAGAAUGGCUGGUCAAUAUGCAAAGCCGAGAUCAAGCCCCACAGAGAUGGUAGAUGGCAAGGAGACACCAUCUUUUAGAGGUGAUAUCUUGAAUGGCUACGAUGUCGAAGAGAGAAACUUAGACCCACAGAGACUUGUUAGGUAAGCAUAAAUCUGAGAAUUAUCACGGUACUUGACUGACUCACAGUAGUGCAUACUUUCACUCGGCAGCCACUCUCAACUUCAUUCGGGCAUCUCUAUCAUCUGGUAUUGCCGAUCUUCAUAGUCCGAUGAAUUGGGGUCUUGGUCACGUUCGGGAUCCUGAGUUACAAGAGAGAUACUCGAAAAUUGUUGAUUCCAUCAGCGAGAGCUUACGUUUCAUGCGUACUAUUGGUGCAGAUACUGCGGAUCAACUUCGAGGAGUUGACCUCUACACCAGUCAUGAGGGCCUUUUACUUGAAUAUGAACAGAGCCUUACUCGAAGACUUAAAGAUCCGUCUCAAAACUCACAAGCCGAUGCAAACAGCAAUAAAAAUAUCGAUCCUACUGAGGACGGAAAGGCAUACUUCAAUACAUCGGCACACUUCCUUUGGAUUGGUGACCGAACAAGACAAGUGGAUGGAGCACAUAUUGAGUACUUCCGUGGUAUAGCUAAUCCAAUCGGUGUCAAAGUGGGUCCCACGACUUCUUGUUCGGAUCUUUUGGAGCUCCUUCGAAAGCUCAAUCCAACAGUAGAAGUCGGUAAGAUAACACUUAUAACUCGUUAUGGAGCUUCAAAAGUCCGUGCACUUCUUCCCAAACACAUCCGAACAGUUGAGGAUAGUGAAUAUGCUCGAAGUGUGGUUUGGCAAUGUGAUCCAAUGCACGGAAACACAAGAUCUACGUCAACCGGCAUUAAGACGAGACAAUUUACAGAUAUAUUUUCCGAGCUUCAAGAGACUUUGGCAGUUCAUCAAGAAGAAGGAAGCUAUCUUGGAGGAGUUCAUCUUGAAUUGACCGGUGAUGCUGUGACGGAAUGCACAGGCGGUAGUGAGGGACUUGCUGAGGAAGAUUUAUCACUUAACUAUACCAGUUUCUGUGAUCCAAGAUUGAACGAAAAACAAGCACUAGAAAUGGCUUUCUUGAUCGCAAGCCAUUUCCGUGAGGGACAUACUAAAAAUUAGAUUAAAUGGACAAAAUUUAGUAAGAUCUUACAUAUUAUCGUCGUUCAUGCUGGGACUAUCGGGAAGUCAAACACACUUCUUAGCGACUGUCCUCUUUCUUGUGUUAUUUCCAAUUCCUUUUUUCAUCCUGGAACUUCAGAGCAAUACUUUCAUUGUGAAUUUUGAGAUAUGGUGAGAUUUGGUGAUGGUGAUGAUGAACACAAGUAUAAGUAUAGUUUCCUGAAUCCUAAUGAUGACGACAGUAAUACUUUGGGAUAUAGCUUGUUGUCACUACCUAUUGGCUAGUAAAGCAGAGAAGUCCAAAAUCACAAUUUUAUUUUCAUAUCUCUACUUC